AUGGCAAGAACUAAACAAACAGCUCGCAAGACCCCAGCUGGAAAGACUCCUAAAAAACACCUCGCAACCAAGGCAGCCAAAAAAGUCUCAGCAGUCACCACAUCAGGGGUAAAAAAGCCUCACAGAUUUCGUCCAGGCACCGUGGCUUUAAGAGAAAUCAGGAAAUAUCAAAAAAGCACUGAGCUACUAGUAAGAAAACUCCCUUUCCAAAGACUUGUCAGAGAAAUCGCCCAAGAAUUCAAAACUGACCUUAGAUUCCAGUCAUCUGCAGUUCUGGCGCUACAAGAAGCGGCUGAAGCUUAUCUCGUUGGUCUAUUUGAAGAUACCAAUUUAUGUGCGAUCCAUGGGAAAAGAGUCACAAUCAUGCCAAGAGAUAUGCAGCUCGCCCGCAGAAUCCGAGGAGAAAGGACUUAA